GGCAGGACAUACGAGGACAUGUCUACACCCUUGACAACCGCGCCGGUUUAUAUUUGACCCCGGAUGGGACGCACACGCACUCCAUCUCCCUACUCCUCCCUUUUUCAGUCGGAGUCAAUGGCUACGUGCGCAUGAACGAUGGAACCAUCCUGGAACCGACAAGCCAAGGUCGAGAUGCUUUGUAUUGGCAUCAUCUGUGUUCCCCCUUUUUACCGGCACAUGACACACCGUUGGCAGCUGUCCUAGUUAAUUGGUGUGAUCUGAUUGAGAAAGGGAAUUGGUACGUUGAUGAGAACGGUGUCGCGGAUAGAGGAGAUAGAUGGAAAGAAGCGGAUACGGAAGACAAGGCCGAGGAUUACAUGACGGAUUGGAGUUGCUUUUGAGCUGAAUUAACAGGUCCGCUGCCGCCUACAUUAGCAUGAACGACUAGGCUUGGUCAGAUUCCAAGGUAAU